AUGCAACAACUCCGGACUUGGUUCCAGCUUCUGGUUUUGGUCGCGCUGGCCUAUGCGGCCUCCAAGAGCUGCGUUGCUUCGAAUUGCGCCUCAACGGUUCGAAUUGAAUCGAAAUCGUGGAAUCUGUUCAUUUUCUUAUGGUGUAUUCAUCUAAAAAAAACGAAAAUUGUUUCGAAACGCAAAAAAAUUGCUUCAAAAAAAAAUUGGUGCUGUUUUGGAGCAACUUUGGCGCACCUAUGAACACGAUUUUUCGUUUUGAAGCAUGUUCCGUUUCUCUGAUGAACACGCCAUUGGAAUUUCAUCGAUAAACAUAUAAAUUUUGGUCAUAUUAAUCGAUUCACGGCUGGAAAUGCUGAAAAAGUCGGCCGGUUUUUUGUCUAUUUUUCAAAUUUUGAGAGUUUCUGUUGGCUUUAUUAGGGUGUUACUGGUUUGAAAGUACAUAUUUCUUCAUAUUAUAACCAUUUUUUUAAAGUCAUUUUCAAAAGUUCUGGUCAUUAAUUUUUACAAAACUUCAUUUUUUUAAAUUAAUUUUUUUCUAUUUUCAUCAAAAAAUGCUCAGAAAUCGCAAUGAAAAACUUUUUUUGCAUACAACAUAUUUGAGUAUAUUUCUAUUUCAGGCCAAUUUGAAACAUAAAAUUUAUUGAAAAAAACACAAAAUCUCCUAUUUUAGGAUUUCCAUAUUUGAAACUUAAAAACUAACCAAAAUCGAGAAUUCUAUCUAAUUUGGACACUCAGCUAAAAAGCUAGCUAGAGAAACUUCAAAACAACUUUAUAAAAACUUUAAUUAGCUUUAAAAAGUUCUGUCUGCGCUCUCCACCAACCAGACACUAUUUCUUUAUCGUGUCAGGACUCUUUUUAGAUAGCUCAAGCGAGCAGUGAAUCAGUUAUAAUGUAUUCAAAGACCUUACAAAUUUAUAUACAAAUAUAGAAAAAUUCAAAAAAAUUCAAAAAAACCUCGAUUCAGAGCCUUGAAGCGGAUUUCGUCUUCCUCGUCGACGCUUCCGACUCCAUCGGAGCGGCCAACUUUGCCGCGGUUUUUGAAAUUCGAAAAUAAGAUAAAUUAAAGAAAAUAUUCAGCUUCAAAUCUUCCUGGUCGACUUCGUUAAAGGGCUGACCCUGUCUUCAGUCGACUCACAGGUUCGAAAAAAAAUUGAAAAAAAUAACCUAUUUUUUUGAGAAUACUAAUGAGAAAAAUUCAAUUGCGUUCAAAAAUCAGGAAUUCCCUGAAAGAUUGUUUAAAAAAAUUAUUUUCUGAUGAGGGUCUUGCGAAAAUUUUUAGUUCUCUUGAAAAAAAAGGCUCAAAUUCAAGGAAACCCAGCAAAAAAGGUCAUUUAGAAGUUUUAAACCAUUUUUUUUUCGAAAUAAGCAUUUUUAAGAACCUUUCCAUUUCUAGAAUUUUAAAGGCUUAUAAAAAGGGUGAAAAAAAAAAUUGAAGCAGCAAAAUUGGUACAAAAAGGCUGAUGAAAUGGUGCAUAAAAGAACCUUUGUACAACCAUUUUAGGAGCACUUUUGAAAUUUGAAAAAAAUUUUUUUCUUGAAUUAUAAAGUUAUAAAGAACCUUUCCUUUCUCUAGAUUCUAAAAGGCUAACAAAAAGGGUGAAAAAAGCGAAAGGCAGCAAAAUAGGUACAAACGGGCUGAAGGAAUGGCGCAAAAAGGCUGUUUUAACCUUAUUUUUCGAACUAUUUUUUAGAACCUAACCAACUUUGCCUAUGAUUAUCAUGAGGAAUAUAAUUCCAUUUUCGAUUUUUAUCAAAAAACAGGUUUCCAAGACGAUUUUAUCAGAAACACGAGCGUAUUUCUGACCUUUUUUUGUAUAUAAAACAAGCCUAAUCAAAUGCAGAUCGCCCUGUACACCUACGGAGUCUCGGCGGUCAAUUACCUGACGCUUUCCGCCGGAAACACGCCAACCGCCGUUCAAAAUGCCAUCACCGCCAUGAAAUAUGAAGGAUCUUCAAGUCGCAACCUUUACCAGUACUGAAAUUUUUUUUCAUUCAAUACGGGCCCCGAUUGAAAACUUGAAAAUCCAAGGAUCAACCUUAAAAAAGUCGGGAAAAAACAGUAUAUUUCAAAACUUUCAAUCCUGUCUUGCCCUUUUAGAGCGGCUCUCAGUACUUUUGAAGUUUUGAAGAUGAUUUUUUCGUUUCAAAGUAUUUUUACUCAAGUCUAGUCGGUCACUGUUUAGCUGAUUCACGGCUAGCUUAGGACGCUCAGGGGGCGUGUCCUGUCUGCGCUCUCCACGAGCCAGGCGCUGUCUCAUGCAUUAUCGUGUCAGGACCCUUUUUUUUUAUAUUUUUACUGAGGUCUAUAAACCACUGAAGCUUCAGGUUAUUUUCAUAAGAGUGUCCAUUUGUUUCCUUUUUUAGGGUUCAAAAAUAAAUUCAGAGCUCUGACCAAGCAACAGACCGACGUCAACCCCAUGUCCGGCCUCCGAACUUCUACUUAUAAAAAAGUUCUCGUCAUUUUGGCCGGAGACGCGUUGGGAAUCAAAUGAAAAAUUCUCAUUUAAAGAUAUUUACAGUUUCACUGGGAAUGCCGUUGUCGGAAGUUCGAUUCUGACGCAAGUCCAGCAGAAAUAUGACACGGUAAGAAUAAAAAUAAGUUCGAAAUUUUGAAAAGAGGACAAAAUUUCGGAAUUUUGAGAAUAUUCAUUUUAAGUUCUUUGCCUUAACAGGCUCUGAAACCGUGAUUUUUUUCGAAUGGAAUGGAAUUUUUUUCCGUUUCUCGAUAAAGUUUUUUUGAACGUAAAAUCAUAUUUUUUUGAUAUUUAAUAUAAAUAUUUAAAUUUUUUUGAUAUAUGAAAUUGUUCUAGAUGAAAAAAACUUUAUCCGAUAAAUUAUUUUUUUGGACAAAAAAAUUCCAGAUCCUGUCAGUCGGAGUCGGCCCGAAGGCUUUGGCCAACUUGGCCGCCACCCUUCCAAAGCUUUCUACUUAUUCGACGUUACUUAUAACUUAUUUUGUUAUUUAAUAAAAUCUGUACUUUUUAGCAACGCCUUCUUCGCGCUGAGCAUCGACCAACUACCCUACGUUGGCUCUUGGAUCGGAACUUAUUCCUGCAAGUGAGCUUCUUUUUCAAAUCGUGUUAUAGCCCAUUCCGCGCAAGUUAACUGCGAAUAAGUGUUUUCCUCCGAGGUACAGAACUUUUCCGGGAAGCUUCCAUUCGAUGCGCGUGGACUGAUUCUGUGCAUGCGCCUUUAAUUAGGCCUAAAUAUUUCUGUUAUAUUAAAGGCGCAUGCACAGAGACAAGCCUUGUCAUGUGGGGGACGAUUGGGGGACGAUUCUACAGUGCCGAGGCAAUCCUCAGGGGUCACCCCCCACAUUACAAAAUCGCCCCCCACCACAUACUAAACCACCAGAUUAACAAAAAUAGCUGCAAAUUAACCAGUCACUGUAAAAUAUGUAGAAUUUUUUAAAAAAGGGUGUUACACGUCAUUCUUUAGUACUAAUUACUAUUUAAUUGAAAAAAAUGAAAUUAAAAAAAUCUCUUUUGAACGGGCCUGUGCGGGGGGUGUUUCUACACUAGUGGAUGGGGCGGGGGGGGCAAUCUGGAAUACUCCCUUUUCCGUCAAAGAAAAAGAUAAAUUAAAGUAUUCGUCAAAAUCAAAAAAAUCACCAUUUUUCCAGCGGCAUCCAACAAACGACGGUGAUCCCAAUGACGACUCCGCCUCCGACUCAAAGUCCCUCGGUGCCUUGCCAGCUCUCCACCUUGAACUACGACGUCUACCUCAUCCUCGACGUCUCCGCCACGGCUUCGGCCGCCGACUUUGCCGCGGUUCCGACUUCUGAUCAAUCAGAAUCUUUUGAAUGAAGCUAUUCAGAUGAAACAAGCCGUGAAGAACUUCGUCGCCCCGUUCCCCAUCGGUGAUGGAAAGACACAGUUUGCCUUGGUCGCCACUUCCGUCGAUUCUCAGAUCUACUACACGGCCUUCCACUCGGGACAGAAGAGGUUCCUUUGAGGAGAAUAUAUGAAAAAGAGAUUGAACUUCUUCCUAAUAUAUUAGUUCCAGUAAGAUUAGUUCUCGUUCGACUGAAGUUUGAAAUUCUUCCUGGAACGCCAGAGUGGCUUCCAUAGGGGUUAGGGAAGAAAUAGCCCCUCUAGGGGGAUAUAAGUGCUUCUCAUUGGAGUAAAAUUUAAGUGCUCCCUAGAGGGGUUAAAGAUUAGACCAAGUAAAGAUUAUAAUAAAAGAUUGAGUAUAAUCAGUUCUGUCUUUAUAGACCCACAAACAUAUAAAAAAAAGUUAGAAAAAUCAUUAAUCAAAAUUAAAUGACCCCCCAAAGGCCAUAAAAAGUCGCCCCCAUAGGGACCACUCUGAAGUUCUUGAGUACUAAACGACUUUUCGUUUUUGCAAAACAAAUAUAAGAAAUAUUAUAUGUAUAUUUUUCCCAAUUCAAUGAUGAGUUUCCAUUGAGAUCUUCAAUUUUCAGUAAAAUAAGUUGAAAACUCAAAAAAUCCCACCUCAAAAAAAAAAACCUUCAGAGACGACGUGAACGGCGCCAUCGACAAGCUUCUCCAGGACACCAACGUCGGCCAAACGAUGAACUUGUAAAUUUCCGCCCAAAAAUAUGAUCUUGACUUUCAAUGAUCUUGACUCUUGACUACUGGCUUUCAAAUAUUUGACCUCUGUGUGGUCAUUUCACUUUCUGGCUGGGAAUUUCCUGAAAGUUGCCCAGAAUACUCCUUAAGCUACCAAAAGAUGAUUCUCGAAGUCUCAACUUGCACUUUAUGGAAAUAAGGGUCUAAAGCCCCGAAAUAGUUCAUUUUAAUGGAUUUUGAGCUUUUUGCGGCGUGUGUUCUCGAAAAGUAGGAAGUUUUGCAGAUUGAGGCUUUCAGAAUCUUCUUCUGCUCUCAAUCUUCAAGCUUUCAGAAUCUUCUUCAGGAGUGUGCCAGUCAAUUUUCAGGAAAAUCGCAAAGUGAAAUGACCUAUCUUGAAGGCUGGUCAGUAGCGCCCGUUGAUCUAAUACUUCAUAAUUUUGCAAAACGGGUUAUAAUUGUCAAAAUUAGAUUUUUUUUUCUGGAAGUCACUCGAACCUUCGUACCGCGAACUCGACAUGUCGGUGCGUUUCUAGUGAUCACUUCAGUAACGUCAGAACUCUCAAGUGAUCCCUAGAGGCUUCCGGCACACGUUACCGAGGUCCGAGCAGGAUAGAACAUAUCUUGAUAUGCUGCUCAAAGGCGCAGAAGUCCUAAAAAAUCACUGAAAAAGGCUUAUCGCCCAAAGACCUUCACUAUGCUCCUUUAAUAGGGCCCUCGGCGCGAUCCAAGGCUACCUCAACCAACACUACGCGACCUCCAACAAGAUCAUCGCCUACUUCACCAGCAACACCAAGUGAAUCGAGAAAUUACUAGGAUAUAUUUUAUGACGAUUAAGCUGGGAUUCGAGCCCCGUGACGACGAUCAAUAAUCUGAAGACGACUUUCGGCGUCUCGCCGGUCGCCGUUCAGUGGACUUCUACUGCCAGCGCGACGGAUCUCGCGUCUUUCGCCGGCUCUGCUAAUUGUGUUAACGCUGUAAGAACAAUUUUUGAAAAAAAAAGACAGAAGGCCUCGUUUUUUGAGCAAAAGUAUGAGUUUUCUAUUAAAUCAGCAAUAAUUUAUAUGAUUUUUACGUUAAAAAAUACGAAAAAAAGGCGUUUCAAAGUUCUCAAAUAGUCUCUCUUCAAGAUAUACUUCAAAUCAAAAGCUCAAAAAGCACGCUCAACAUUUUUUUACGUAGCGGAUGAUUUAUAGAAUUUUGCCUUCAAAAAAAUUUUUAAAAAAAUGCAGUUUAUUACUCCAAAAAAAUAAGGUUUAUGACUUCAAAAAUUGAUAUUGACAAUUUCAUGCUCAAAUUUGAUUUAUAUUUUGAAGAUUUCCAACGAGAUUAACUAUAAAAAUUAUCCACGAAAAUAUUUUUCGAUUUUUCAGCAGCGAUGAUUUUCAAGCUUACGAAACGUAAAAGUACAGUUUUUUUCAGCCUCUUUAUCAAAAAAAUCAAGUUACUUUUUUUAAAUAUUAAACUUGAAAGUUUCACGCUCAAAAAUUGAUUUUUCACGGUUUUUCCAACAAGAUUAACUAAAAAAAUUAUUCGAAAAAAAUAUUUUAACAAGAAAUUUGAACCAAUGAGUAGCUCAGAAUUUUUAAUUUACUAUUAUUUUUUUCCUUUCUUGGGAACCUCAAGCCGAUUUAUUUCAAUUUUUCAGCUUCUCCUGGAAUAAUUACCUCCCAAGGUUUUAGGGUCCAAUUUGAACCGUUUUCAGUUCAUUUUCAUUAAAAUUUAGGCCCUGAAAGCUGGAAUUUAAAAAAAAAGACUGAAAAGUAGCCAUCUCUAAAAAAAAUCUUUGGACAAACUUUUAAAAAUUGCAAAACUCCCAUUUUUUCUAUUUUUACAUUAAUCCAAGGUCUCGACACGAUUUUUUUCAAUAUUAUAAACCAAUAACCACUGCUUUCCAGGUCGCAAACAAGGCCAACACGGCGACCUGGCUUCAGACGAAGAUGUGCAGGUUUGUCGAGCCAUUCCAAAAUCUCGUAUUUAAUUUUUCCAUUUUUCAGCAAGACGUUUUGCUAG